UGUCCCUUCGUCCUGCCUGUGUGCCUGCCACGCCCGCAUCACCCCUUCGGUCGCCUCAUGGCUGCGACCUGCGAGAUCAGCAACGUGUUCAGCAACUACUUCAGCACAAUGUACAGCCCUGAGGACCCCGCGCUGGCCUCUGUGCCCCCCGCUGCCCCCUUUGGGGCCGAUGACCUCACGCUGUCCCGGAGCGACGCCCAGAUGCUGCCGGAGGGCCCAGAGAAGGCCAGCUGGUCGAGGGAGCAGCCCCAGUUCUGGUCCAAGGCCCAGGUGCUGGACUGGAUCAGCUACCAGGUGGAGAAAAACAAGUUUGACGCCAGCACCAUCGACUUCUCGCGCUGCGACAUGGACGGGGCCACGCUCUGCCGCUGUGCGCCCGAGGAGCUGCGCGGGGUCUUCGGGCCGCUGGGCGACCAGCUCUACGCCCAGCUGUGGGACCUCACUUCCAGCUUUUCCGACGAGCUGAGCUGGAUCAUUGACCUGCUGGAGCAGGACAGCAUGUCGUUCCAGGAGACCCUGGGGGACCCGGGCCCCUUUGACCAGGGAAGCCCCUUCGGCCCCGAGGUGCCCGAGGACAGGCGGCAGCCCAGCCCCUACCGCCUGGGCGGCUAUGGCGCAGGAGCCCCGUCUCCCGGCUGCUCCGACGUCUCCACCGCAGGGACCGGCGCUUCUCAGAGCUCCCCGUGCUCGGACUCCUCCGGGGGCAGCGACGUGGACCUCGACCCGUCGGACAGCAAGCUCUUCCCCAGGGACGGCUUCCCUGACUACCAGAAGGAGGACCCCAAGCACGGGAAGCGGAAACGGGGCCGGCCGCGGAAGCUGAGCCGGGAGUCUCGGGACAGCCUGGAGGGCAGGAAGAGCAAGCACGCCCCCAGAGGCACCCACCUGUGGGAGUUCAUCCGGGACAUCCUCAUCCACCCCGAGCUGAACGAGGGCCUGAUGAAGUGGGAGAACCGGCAGGAGGGCGUGUUCAAGUUCCUGCGCUCCGAGGCCGUGGCGCAGCUGUGGGGCCAGAAGAAGAAGAACAGCAGCAUGACCUACGAGAAGCUGAGCAGGGCCAUGAGGUACUACUACAAGCGGGAGAUCCUGGAGCGCGUGGACGGCCGGCGGCUUGUCUACAAGUUCGGCAAAAACUCCAGUGGCUGGAAGGAGGAGGAGGUGGCCGGGAGUCGGAACUGAGGGGCCACGGGGGCCGAGACGGACACAUGGACUUGAGGCCAGUGGCCCCUAUCGCGUGGACCGCUGUGCUGCAGAGGCAGCCGAGGCUCUGGGGUCUCCCCAGCCGCCUCUCCGUGGAACUACAAGCCCAGGGCUGAGAGUGACUGGUCCACCGACGAUGCUCCACAUGUGGCUCCUGGUGCCUUCUGGUGCCCGACCCAGACCCUGGCUGCGGCCACCCUCAUCCUGCGGGCACCCGGACGGUGGCUGGGAGGCGGGGGAGGCCCGGACCCGUGAGCGAGGGGACAGGGCCCUGUGCCUUGGUUCUGGACUGGCUUCCGCCCCCCUCCCCACUCCCAAGCUCAGGCUCCGCAGGCGGGGGUCAGAGCACUCCCUAAUUUAUGUGCUAUACGUAUGUCAGAUGUACAUAGAGAUCUAUUUUUUCUAAGACAGGCCCCUGAGUGUGCUCAGACCCGCAGCGGCGAGGGUGCUGGGCUCUCAGGGUGGGGCUCCGGCUCCUUCUCCCGAAUG